UUAUGGAAGUUCCAAAAGUUCAAAACAGUGAAUUAACAGAAGAUGCAAAAGACGAGGAGAUUACUGCAUGUAAAGUUCCUAGCAAGCAAGAUUUAGAAACACGUUAUACUGAGCCGAUUUGGGCGCGAGUUCCAAUUUGCAGCAAAGAUAGCUAUUAUAUUGAAGUAAUUAAAAAUGGAACCGUUAUUGAACGUAUUUCUUUACACAGUGAUAGUGGAGAAAAGUCUUAUCUAACAAUUGGUCGAUUCGAUCCUUGUGAAAUUAAGUUAGAGCAUCCUUCGGUUUCUCGCUUUCAUUCUGUUCUUCAAUAUGGUGAACAUGUAAGGGGAAAGCCCCAAUGGUUUAUUUAUGACAUGAAUAGUACACAUGGCGUUCGAAUAAAUAAAAAACGAAUUGAGAAAUCAACAUUUGUACCUCUUUUUGUUGGUUAUGUCUUCCAAAUUGCCGCGAGUUCAAGGAUUUUUGUUUUAUGUGGUGGUCUAAAAGAAAAAGAUGAAGACGAUAAUGAAAGUAAUUCUGAAGUAUUUACCACAAAAGAAGAUAAUUCCGAAUUAAAAUCAGAUGCUUCAAGUAAAAAAGAAGAUGAAGAUACAGAAAUGUUAAAUUAUCGUUAUUAUGAAAAAGAUCCAAUUCAUUGGUUGGAACGUUAUUUUGAGCGAGAAGGAGCAUCCAUGGAUUUUCGUUUCACAAAAACUGUUGAAGCUAAUGAUUUGGGAUUGGGCGAAAAAUCUAAAAAAUCUCGGGCAAAAGGAUCAAAGGAAGACGAUGGAAGCUCUACAUGGAUUUGCUCUAUUGAGCUUAUUUCUGAUGUUUCUCUAACUGGAAGUACGUUAGUUUCGGCCUCUGCACCUUCGAAGCGUCUGGCACAAUUGCAAUGUUCAUUAUUAGCAUGUGAAAGACUUGAUGCUGCUUGUCUUUUGCAAAUUUCAAAUUUAUGGAAUAAACGAAAGAAAUAUGCCGAGAAUGAUUUUUAUGCCGAGGAUGAAGAUAUUUUUUACGAUAGAACUGGGCAACUAGAAGAACAAAGAGAAAAAAGGAAACGUUGGUAUGAGGGAGAUGUUGGAGUAAUUAACAAAGCAAAAACCCAUAAUGAUUUAGUAAAUGAAUUAGAAGAAUUAAAUGAAAAGAUUUUGGUAGUUCAAUCGGAAAUUGAACGUUUAGUUGGGAAAGGCAGCAGCGAAUCUACAAAAAAUGAAGAUUUUGUUGAGGAAGGAAAAGAAAUUAAACGAAAUUUUUCGAUGAGAAUGACAAUUUCUCAAUUAAAAAGUAAAGAAAAGAAAUUAUUGGAAGAGAAGAAUAAAAUUGAGAGAUUGGUGGAAAUUACUAAACCUGCACAAAAUAUUUUUAUGAAAAAUAAUUUAAAUGUUGUAAAAUUAAAAGAAGAACAAAAUAUAAAACAAGAAGAAUUUAAAGAAGAGAAAAUAAUUGAGUUAGAAGAUAAUAAUAUAGAAGCAAAAAUAUUAAAAUCACCAAUAAAAGAGGAAGAAAAGGAAGAAAAAACAAAAAUAUCAGAAUUGGAACAAAUUAAAGAGGAGGAAACUAAAAAAGGAGAAAGAGAACCAAAAUUUUAUGCUCCAGCAAUGCCUCCAAAAUCGGUUAUUGCUUCAAUUACUCCUCGUUUUGGUGUUUUAACAAAACAAGAAUUAAUUCAAAUGAAAUUACUUCAAAAACAAGAAGAAGGAAAUAAAGAAGCUUUGCUAGAAAAGAAACGAAGAAUUAUGGAUCAAAGGGAAGAAAAUAAAAUCAAAGCAGAAAAGGAAGAACAAAUUCAAAACAAUUUAUCAGAUAUGUAUGCUACUUGGCUUCCACCUGAAGAUCAGUCCGGAGAUGGGUCAACAAAACUAAAUCGUAAAUUUGAAGGAAAAUAUUAA